AAUAAGAUGGAUAAUAGUUCAGUGGUUACUUUGUUUACUCUGUCAGGAUUAAGUGGGACAACAAACUACAGACACACUCUCUUUGCUCUCACUUUACUGUGUUACUGUGCUAUUUGGCUGGUAAAUUUGACCAUUAUUGUGACGAUUGUUGUGGAUAAAAACCUUCAUGAGCCCAUGUACAUCUUCCUCUGUAAUCUGUGUAUAAAUGGACUUUAUGGGACUGCAGGCUUUUACCCCAAAUUCCUCAUUGAUCUUCUGUCUACCAUUCAUGUCAUCUCAUAUGCUGGAUGCCUUCUGCAGGGUUUUGUGUUGCACUCUUCAGUCACUGCUGAUUUAUCUAUCCUUGUGGUAAUGGCCUAUGACAGAUAUGUGGCUAUAUGUCGACCUCUGAUGUACCACUCUGUGAUGACUACACAAAGAGUUUGUGUGUUUGUGUUUUUUGCCUGGCUUAUACCCUUUUAUUUAGUUUUCUUAAGCUCAAUAACAACAUUAAGAUUGAGGUUAUGUGGCUCACACAUACCAAAAAUCUACUGUAUUAAUCACUUAGUUGGUAAACUGUCUUGUUCUGCCUCCAUAGCACACGUUAUUAUUCCAGCUUUUAAUUAUACUUUUUAUGUUUUACAUAUCUUAUUCAUUGUUUGGUCUUAUAUGUAUCUACUCAAAAAAUGCCAAUUUUCUGCUGAGAACAGAAGCAAGUUUAUGCAAACAUGUCUGCCACAUUUACUAUGUUUAAUUACUCUUCUGGUAUCUGUAUAUUUUGAUUUGUUGUACAUGCGAUUUGGCUCAAAAAAGUUACCACAAGAUGUCAACAAUUUUAUGGCAAUGGAAUUUCUCAUCAUUCCUCCAAUUAUCAAUCCGCUCAUAUAUGGUUUCAAUUUGACACAAAUUAAAAACAGAAUUAAACAUUUUUUUGUGUGGCAAACAUCUCUAGACUAG